CACGGGUCACCAGGGGUCACCUGGUAACCACACACCCGGAAGUAGAGGACGACGAUGCCCAUGAAACAUGUUUGGCGUCCUUCUGGACUGAAGAAGAAAGGCGUAAACUGCCUGUUGUGUGUGCUACAGCUAUAGGAUGGACCCUAGAACGUCUUAUUUUAUGAAAGGAAAGUCCGGGACUUUUGUUGGAACGUGAAGAAACAAAACAGAAUGUCUACGGUAGAGUUGACAGAAUAAUACGUGCUGCAAUUACAAAGAUAGUAACACUCCAACUCUACCAAAAUGUGGACAAAUCUUCCACGUGUUUUGACCUUAGUCGUUCGAGGGUUCGCCUUGACUUUGGCCGUGCUUACGACAGUUGUUGUCAUAAGAACUUUGACCUUCCCGUCCUACCAAACCUCCCCACCGGAGUGUAAGACCACCGACCCUGACUUCAUCCCUGCCGAUGAGGAGAGACUGGCCCGUUUCACCUCAGCCAUCCAGUUCCAAACCGUGUCUUAUGAACGCGGCGUGGGGACACCACAGGAGUUACUCAAGUUCGUCCGGUUCAUCCAGGAGAGUUUCCCGACGAUCCACAGCUCACCGUUAGUCCGGAGGGAAGUGGUCGGGAACUACAGCUUGUUGUACCGAGUGGAAGGGUCGGACGGCUCGCUAGAACCCUACAUGUUGGCAUCUCACCUAGACGUAGUGCCCAUCACACAGGAAGCGAGCUGGGAGGCGCCGCCAUUUUCGGGACAGGUCCGAGACGGGUACAUCUACGGGAGGGGGACGAUAGACGCCAAACAUAGCCUGAUGGGAAGUCUAGAGGCUGUGGAGUUUCUCCUAUCGAGAGGACAUCAGCCCAAACGUACUUUGUACCUCGCCUUUGGACACGACGAGGAGACAGGAGGCCAUUUCGGGGCAAAAGUCAUCGGUGACGUGUUGACUGAAAGGGGAGAGAAAAUAGCAUUCAUCCUGGAUGAGGGAACUCCGGUAGGAGAUGGUCUAAUGCCAGGUGUGUCCAAACCAGUGGCCAUGGUCAGUGUUUCCGAGAAAGGCAUUGUGGACGUGAAACUGAAGGUUCAAGCAGAGGGAGGCCAUGGCUCUAUGCCCGCCAGGAAGUCUGCCAUCGGGAUAUUGGCCAGAGCGGUACAGAAACUUGAGGACAACCCGCACCCUAGCAUGUUCGGCACCGGUCCGGAGGCCCGGAUGUUGGAGUACGUUGCCACGGAGAUGACCUUACCUUACCGGAUGUUGGCCUCUAACCUGUGGCUCUUCUCCCCAUUGGUCGCCUGGGUGUACGCAAAAAAGCCACAGACCAACGCGUUCGCUCGGACGACGACCGCUCUGACAUCCUUCACCGCAGGGGUCAAGGACAACGUCAUAGCACCGGAAGCGGAAGCUGUGGUGGACCAUCGGAUACAUCCCAUGCAGACUGUUGAGGAGGUUCUGGAAUUCGAUAGAAAGGUCAUCGAUGAUGCUAGGGUUAUGCUGGAAGUGAAGGGAAGUUUACCACCUUCACCCGUAUCACCUCAUGGAAAGGACUCUCCAACGUAUACCGUAUUACAGGAGACCAUUCAGCAGAUCUUCCCAGAUGCCCUGGUGACCCCCACCUUCAUGGUUGCCAACACGGACACACGGCACUACUGGAACCUGAGCAGCGCCAUCUACCGGUUCAACCCAUACGUCAUGACACCGUCCGAUCUCCCGAGAUUCCACGGGCUGAACGAGAGGAUCUCUGUGAGGAACUACGAGAGGGUCAUGAACUUUUACUAUCACCUCAUCGUGAAUAUGGAUAAACCUUUGGAAGUAAAAAGACACGGACAUGAGGACGAGCUAUAGUUACAUGUACAACUGUAUAAAGCCUAUCUAAACGUUUCUUUGUGCCAGUGAAGUGACAGUUUUUUUUUUAAAUCAGAGUGUAGAUAAGUGGCGUUGAAUGAGGAACCGAUAGUAAAAAGACAAGGUCAUGAGGACGAGCUAUAGAAAAGCUGUAACUGAAUAAAGCCGUAUUAUCAAAC